AUGAUGACCAUCGUGAAAUCCCGUGAAGAAGAUGCAGAUGAUUCGUCUCCAUUGAGUAGUUUACCAGACGAAAUUAUCCUCCAAAUUAUAAACAAAUUAAUCGAUUUGAAAACCCUUUGCUUUUGCUCUCUCGUUUCCAGACGUUUCUCCUCGAUUGUACUUCAAGUCGAUUCCGUUUCCUUCACUGCUCCUCUCUUGAACUCUCCCACUUCGGAUAAAAUCACCUCCGGCGAUGUCGACGGCGACGGAUUUCCUACAAAGCUGUUCCGGUUCUUGAUUAAUGGUGUUGUAUUCAAACCCCUUUACCUCCUCCGCCGUAUGAUCGCCGCCCCUAGUCAAGUUCGGGAACAGAAUCGAAUCAUUUUUCUUUCUCUCGCCGAAUUCAAUUUCUGCUUCAGAUGA